AUGGCCUGCACUCACGUUGAAUCGCUGUCCCUCAGCCCUCCUACUCCGGCCCAGUCAGUUUACAGGGAGGACUGCACGCAAUGUUUUGAUUCGAUUGACGAUGCUGCCGGUCUAGAUGUCUGCCUCCAGUGCUUCAACGGCGGCUGUGCCGGCGACCGACACCAUGCAAACCUUCACAACGUUCUCUUGGGCCACCCUCUUGCCCUUAACAUCCGUCGGACCCGCAAAGUCGUCGUCCGUGAUGAGCCCCCCGCCAAGAUGUCGAAGCUUGCCAUUGCGGCAGAGACCGAAACCGACCGCUACGACACUACCCUUGCUGUGAAGUGCCUUGAAUGCGGGAUCGAUAACAUGGACACGAGCAACCCGAAGCUCGCUGCCACGGUUGAUGGCAUCAUGAAGGCGAACACAUUCUCCCGGAAAGAGGAGGUUAAAGCCUGGGAGCAGGAGCUCACCAGUUGCGAGCACGUCCUGACACUUCAGCAAGGCCCUCCGCGGAAGAUCGAGUCCCAAGACCUGGGCCACUGUUCCAGCUGCGAUCUCAAGGAGAACUUGUGGCUGUGCUUGGAGUGCGGCAACUUGGGAUGCGGACGAGCCCAGUUCGGUGGUGUUGGGGGCAACUCUCAUGCGUUGUCGCACGCCACCGGGACGCACCACGGUGUUGCUGUGAAGCUGGGAUCGAUCACCCCCGAGGGCACGGCUGACGUCUACUGCUACACCUGCGACGACGAGCGAAUCGACGAGGACCUCGCAACGCAUCUGGCAAACUGGGGCAUCAUACUAUCCGAGAGACAGAAGACGGAGAAGAGCUUAACAGAGAUGCAGAUUGAGCAGAACUUGCGGUGGGAGUUCUCGAUGACGACCGAAGACGGAAAGGAGCUCAAGCCGGUCUUCGGACCCGGCCUCACGGGGCUCAAGAAUCUGGGCAACAGCUGCUACCUCGCAAGUAUGCUCCAGUGCCUGUUCGACAUGCCAUCCUUCCAGCGACGGUAUUUCCAAAUAAGCGAGGACCUUCCUACCGUCUCGGACCCUGCUCAGGAUCUUGAGACCCAGCUCCGCAAGAUGGCGGAUGGUCUCCUGAGCGGGCGAUAUUCCAAACCGGACUCGGAUGUCAUCGCCUCUGAGCACACGGCCGAGGUCCCACACCAAAAAGGCCUCGCCCCUGCGAUGCUCAAACAUCUCAUCGGCCGAGGCCACGCCGAGUUCUCUACUAUGCGUCAGCAAGAUGCUUUCGAGUUUUUCCAGCAUCUUAUGAAGCUUGUCACGCGAUCGGUACACCCCGCUUCGACGGCAGACCCUACCCUUCCUUUCCGCUUCGUCCUAGAGCAGCGGCUCCAGUGCCUCAGCUGCAAGAAGGUCCGCUAUAGCAGCACCGAGCAGGACAGCAUCUUCAUCGAAAUCCCCCUGGAGAAGCUACCCGCCGAGGGCGACGAAGAGCCCAAGUACAAACCCGUAACGCUCAAGACGUGCCUCGACAACCUCACCUCGGAAGAGGUUGUCGAGCUGACCUGUGUGUCCUGCAGCAGCAAGGACGGCUUCACCAAGCGCACGCUCUUCAAGACCUUCCCAGAAGUCCUCGUCGUGAACGCCCAUAAAAUGGCCGUCGUCAACUGGGUCCCCGUCAAAGUUGACGUCCCGGUCAUCGUAAGCGACGACGCAUUCCUCAUGGACGACUAUCUCUCCAAGGGCCAGCAGCCUGACGAAGAGGCCCUGCCCGAGGACGAGGGCGCCGGCGCAGGUGGAGGGGCGCCGGCGUUUGUCCCCAACGCCGAGGCACUUGCGCAGCUGGAGGGCAUGGGCUUCCCGAGGGUGCGCUGCGAGAAGGCGCUGCACGCCACGGGCAACAGCGACGCCAACACCGCGAUGGAGUGGCUCUUUGGGCACAUGGAAGACCCGGACAUUGACACGCCGGUCGACCUCGGCGGCGGCGGUGGCGGUAGCGGAGGUGCGGCGGCUGCGGCGGCGGCGGCGGACCCGGAGAAGAUCGAGAUGCUAGGCGCGAUGGGAUUCGGGGCGCCGCAGGCAAAGAAGGCGCUGCGCGAGACGGGGGGCGACGUCGAGCGGGCGGUUGAAUGGCUGUUCAGCCACCCCGACGACCAGGGGCUGUUCGGCGACGACGAGGGCCCUGCAGCGGCCGCCGAGAGCAAGGCGCCGGAUGCCCUCGCGGGCAGUAGUGAUCUGCCCGCUCCGUUCAAGCUGCAGUCGAUUGUCUGCCACAAGGGGACGAGCAUCCACGCUGGACACUACGUUGCUUUCAUUCGCAAGCAGCUUGCCAACGUCGACCAGCCAUCGUGGGUCUUGUUCAACGACGAGAAAGUGGUCGAGGUCGUCGACGUGGAGGAGAUGAAGAAGUUUGCUUACGUGUACUUCUUUAGAAGAGUACAGAAAUAG